CAAUCUGGGUUUUGUUUACGAUAAUAUGGGAGAGUACGAAAAAGCAAAAGAUUUUUAUGAACAAGCAAUUGAAAUUGCAACGAAAGCAUUUGGACCUGACCAUGUUAAUAUUGCGACAAUGUACCACAAUCUGGGUUCGGUUUACUUUUAUAUGGGAGAGUACCAAAAAGCAAAAGAUUUUUUCGAACGAGCGAUGAAAAUUCAAAAAAAAACACUUGGACCUGACCAUGUUGAUAUUGCGUCAACAUACAGCAAUCUUGGUUCGGUUUACAGAGAUAUGGGAGAGUACGAAAAAGCAAAAGAUUUUUGUGAACGAGCGAUGAAAAUUCAAAGAAAAACAUUUGGACCUGACCAUGUUAAUAUUGCGACAAUGUACAACAAUCUGGGUUUGGUUUACUUUUAUAUGGGAGAGUACCAAAAAGCAACAGAUUUUUAUGAACGAGCGAUGAAAAUUCAAAGAAAAACACUUGGACCUGACCAUAUUGAUAUUGCAUCAACGUACAGCAAUGUGGGCUCGCUUUACAAUAAGAUAGGAGAGUACGAAAAAGCAAAAGAUUUUUAUGAACGAGCGAUGAAAAUUAAAACAAAAGCAUUUGGACCUGACCAUGUUAAUAUUGGGACUACGUACAACCAUCUGGGUUCGGUUUACAGUGAAAUGGGAGAGUACGAAAAAGCAAAAGAUUUUUAUGAACGAGCGAUAGAAAUUGAAACGAAAAGAUUUGGA